AUGUUUCCGGAGCAACUUCCUCUCACUAGAAUUAAUUUCAAUGCUACGUAUCCAUUGGAUAGGAAGGGAAAUUUGGAUAAAUUACAGAAAUUAUUUUCCCAAUUGAAGAUUCCUUAUUCGAUACCAUCAGAUAAGAUUUCAAAUGGGAAGUUACAAGAUAAUAUUGAAUUCCUUCAGUGGAUCUAUACAUUUGCUGCAAGAAAUUUUGAAACGAUAGAUAAUUCAGAAGUGACGGAUCGAAGAGAGACUGCAGUUUGUGCUCUUGGAAGAAAACAAAAGAGUAAUCCUCCAAUUAAUUACAUUAAGAAUGCAGAAUACAGAAAGAAGUUAUUUCCCAUCCUAGCUGAGCAGGAUAUUGAAAAUUUUCUCAGGCAAGAUGAUAUGUACAAUGAUGAUCUGAAUGACUAUUUACCAACAUCACAAGAGGAUAUUGAUCAUUUUUGUUCACAAUUGGAGCAAGAAAUAAGGUUAAAACUUGAACGAAACGAGAAGAAGUAUGAAUAUUUACAAGAAUUAAUUGAGCAACGAAACAUGAUGUUUGAAAAACUACUUUUAGUGGAAGGAGUGUGUACAGUAAGAUCAACAGAAACAGAUGAGAAUACCCAUGAGGCAUUGAACUUUCUGAUACGUUUACUAAGGGCACAUAUGAAAUGA